AUGUUUGCCAAUUUUUCAAUAACGAAAAAAUUUCAAGUAUCGAUUUCUGGCAAAGAAAUAAGCGCUUUAAUUGGAGAGGCUGAAACUUACGAUGAAGCGAAACUCUUCUGCGAAUCAAAAAAUGCUCACAUUCCGACUGAAAAACUUGAAUUUCCGAACAACACAAGCCAUGAUUAUUGGAUCGAAGUUGAUGAUAAAAAUGAAGUUCGUGAUCCUCAGCUCUUGGAGGCAAUGGAAUUAUUUGAAAAAGUUUCGUCGCAUGAAAAUGUUACUGUUUCGCUCAUGACUAACAAGAAUUGUCUUUUUGUGAUUGACAAUAUUCAGCCAUUAAUAUGGAAAAACUUUGACCAAGAAAAACUCAAUCACCAGCGUUCUUUUGCUCAGUAUAUUUGCGAAAAGGACGUUUUUGACGAUCAGAAUCGAGUAAAGAUCAUCAACGACUACAAAGUCGACUGUAAGCUCUUACAACUUAAUUCAACAUUCCUGGAGGAACAUCAGCUUUGGGACUAUCAGUUCGAAAACAAGACUUGGAUAACAGAAAAUAGAAAACUUUACAUAUCUCCUGUUCUUUCCGCUCCUUUUUCGAAACAAAUUGGAUAUGAGUUUGAUAAAAAUCUCCACAAUUUAACUGGAUUUCCUUGGUGCCCCGGUCAACCUGCUCAGCCGCAGGGAAUCUUAUGGUCAACCUUUGAAUUUCUCGUUGUCGAUGGAACCUCACAUGCUAAGUGCAUUGGAUUGAUGUCUUUCACUGCUUAUGAAAAGAUAACAGCGGCGAGUUCUAAGAUGAAAGAACUCGCAGAGGAUAUUUUUUCCACUUUUCCAAUUUCAACAACCGUCCGUGUCAUCGUUUCGGGGAAAGAAACGAGAGCUCUUAUUGGAGAAACAAUGCAUAUAAAAGAGGCAAAAGUGUUUUGCGAAGAAAACAAUGCACACUUUCCGCAUGAAAUUGUUGAAUUUCCAAACAAUAUAAGGCAUGAUUACUGGAUUGAGGUUGCUGAUGAAAAUUUGGUCAAAGAUUCAAGACUAUUAGAAGCAUUAAAACGGCUCAAGGAGAUUUCAAUGCAUGAUAACGCGACAGUUUCAAUUAGUGUUGCGCAGUGGUAUGAGUCAAAAGAUGAUACUUGUAUCUAUCUUGAGGAAAAUAUCAAUUCCAAAUAUUCUAGUUUUGAUAUUAGACGAAACGAUCAUCAGUAUGUCUGUAAAAAUGAUGUAUUCGACGAUGAAAAUCGAGUGAAAAUCGUCAACGAUUAUAAGGUGAAUUGCGAGCAGUUGAAAAUCAACUCGACUUUCUUCGAAGAAUUCCAUCUCUGGAAUUAUCUUUAUGAGAACAAAACAUGGAUAGUGGACAACAGAAAACUCCUCGGAGAAUUUCACAAUAACGGUAUUAUUUCGGUUCGAUCGAGACAGAUUGGUUACCAGUUCGAAGAAGAUCUCCCCAAUAAAUCUGGUUUUCCUUGGUGCCAAGGACAACCGGACACGCCGCAGGGAAUAAUGUGGUCCGAUGGUGAAUUCAUUGUUGUUCAUGGAAGCUCAAAAGCUGAUCGGCAUCACCAGGAAAAAGUUCAGUACAAUGAAGCCAAAGCAAUUUGCGAGGCAGAAAAUGCCACACUUCCAUACUCGCCCUUCAGAGUUAUCGAAAGUGAUCAUUCCUACGGAUCGAUUUUCUGGGUCCACGAAAACGAAGAGUCAAGAGCAGCAUCUGAAGAUAAUAACAGGAAAAAUCUGAGCGUCGAGUAUGUAGGAGGAGGAGUAACCAAAUGCGCAAUUUUACGUUCGGACCUGGCGAAUCCUAAUGUUCCUGAUGCAUUUAUCUGUGCAGACGAAAUUUACGACGAGCUUGGGCGGAUAAUAAUUCAGAAAAAUCUAACGAUUGGAUGCCCGAUUUUAAAACUGACAUUUUCUUUUCUUCGUGAACAGAAAAUUGACAAUGGAUAUUAUGGAGAACAUGUCAUAAUUCGAAACCUCUCUAACAAAAAAACUCCUAUUACAUCAAUUAUGAGUGGGUUCACAAGAGCGGAUUAUUCUAAAAAAGAAACUGGGAUAAAAUGGUGCAGCGGACAACCAGUUGAGCUCACUCCGGGCAGAAGAAUGAGAGAGCUCGACCAUCAAAUAAUAGGCGGCUAUUCUUAUUCUACGGCCGCGACUUUAUGCUUACCGAAAAAUUACCAGAGCCUGAACAGUUCUUUUACUGAGCUAGAAUGA